ACACGAUGCGGCGAGUGGUGCGACAGAGCAAGUUCCGGCAUGUCUUUGGACAGGCUGUGAAAAACGACCAGUGCUAUGAUGACAUCCGAGUCUCUCGAGUGACCUGGGACAGUUCCUUUUGUGCUGUCAACCCCAGAUUCGUUGCCAUCAUCAUAGAAGCAAGUGGGGGAGGAGCCUUCUUGGUGCUCCCUCUGCACAAGACUGGACGAAUUGACAAAUCCUACCCUACAGUAUGUGGCCACACAGGACCCGUGCUGGACAUAGACUGGUGCCCACAUAAUGAUCAGGUUAUUGCCAGCGGUUCAGAGGACUGCACUGUGAUGGUUUGGCAGAUCCCAGAAAAUGGACUGACCCUUUCCCUGACUGAACCUGUGGUGAUUUUAGAGGGUCACUCAAAAAGAGUUGGCAUCGUCGCCUGGCAUCCGACGGCCCGAAAUGUGCUCCUUAGUGCAGGCUGUGAUAACACCAUUAUCAUCUGGAAUGUGGGGACAGGGGAAGCCCUCAUCAACUUGGACGAUAUGCAUUCAGACAUGAUUUACAACGUGAGCUGGAACCGCAAUGGCAGCCUCAUCUGCACAGCAUCCAAAGACAAGAAAGUGAGAGUCAUUGAUCCCAGGAAACAGGAGAUUGUGGCGGAGAAAGAGAAAGCACAUGAAGGAGCCAGGCCCAUGCGCGCCAUCUUCCUGGCUGAUGGCAAUGUGUUCACUACUGGCUUUAGCCGAAUGAGCGAGCGGCAGUUGGCACUCUGGAACCCGAAAAACAUGCAGGAACCAAUCGCUCUUCAUGAGAUGGACACAAGCAAUGGGGUGCUGCUGCCCUUCUAUGACCCGGAUACCAGUAUCAUUUACUUAUGUGGGAAGGGUGACAGCAGUAUCCGCUAUUUUGAAAUCACGGACGAGUCCCCAUAUGUCCACUACCUCAACACAUUCAGCAGCAAGGAGCCUCAGCGGGGGAUGGGCUACAUGUCUAAGCGGGGACUUGAUGUCAACAAAUGUGAGAUUGCUAGAUUCUUCAAGCUUCAUGAGAGAAAGUGUGAGCCUAUCAUCAUGACCGUCCCCAGGAAGUCUGACCUCUUCCAAGAUGACCUGUACCCUGACACAGCGGGCCCGGAAGCUGCACUGGAAGCGGAGGAGUGGUUUGAGGGGAAGAAUGCAGACCCGAUCCUCAUCUCCUUGAAGCAUGGGUACAUUCCAGGCAAGAACAGGGACCUCAAGGUGGUCAAGAAGAACAUUCUGGAUAGCAAGCCAGCAGCAAACAAGAAAAGCGAUCUCAUUAGUGCUCCCAAGAAGACAGCUGACACAGCCAGCGUGCAAAACGAAGCCAAGUUGGAUGAGAUUUUAAAAGAGAUCAAAUCCAUAAAAGACACAAUCUGCAAUCAAGAUGAACGUAUUUCCAAGUUAGAGCAGCAACUGGCGAAGAUGGCGGCCUAAGGCCCACCCACCUCCCCGGAUGGCAGCUGCUCAUUGGCGUGCUCCAAGGGAGGGCAGAAAGGGAGGCACUGCCAUUUGGAAACAUUCCAUUUCAGAUCUGUCAGCCAGCGAUAGGCCACAUUCCAGUAAGAACUCAAUUCCCCUCCCAAAUCUGCGAAGAAAUGAAAGCUGAGCUUUUGAUCAGGAAGCUUUACGGUGUUUGACAGGCCCAGGGGCAUGUUGAACUUCACUACAUUGACAAUACCAGGUAUUCUGAAUUUUUUAGAGAACAAACCCACCCCAGCCUAGUGUCCUGCCCACACACCUUUUGAUGAAUGGGGCCAACGCUACCUUUGCUCCGUGUAUUCCCUCCCCUUUUUAAUAUUGCCAAAACCAAAAGUAGCUUUUUUCUUUGUAUUUUGCUACUUUGCAGUAUUUGUGUGGUUGGUUCUUUGGGGUUUUUUCCCUCCUUAAUUUGAAAGGGACAGCACUGUGUAUGUGUAUAAACUAAAUGAAGAUGAGAUGAUUAUUUUGUAUAAAGUCUCACAAGAACAAUCAGCGUAGCCACACAGUGCUGUCUCACUCGCAGCACAAACCCGGACAUCUGAUGACUGUCUGUCAGGAAGAGUUGAGAAAUCACGUGGACCCACACACCACCCUCCAUUCCGUUGAGUCUUUGAUCAAACAGCUCUUGUCCCCUCCCUCUCCCUGUCUCCUCUCUCUCUCCUAGGAGUGGGUGGUUGUACAGAUGGAAUUUAGCUUCUUGAUUUGUCCCAUGAUUAUAAUCUAAUCAAACCAGCAUGUGUCCUUGCAGUCUUGUUCUGUGCAGACUGUCGCGUCCAUCCCUUCCAGCAUUGUGGUUCAGUUUCAGUCCAUACUGGACAAUAGCUCCCAAGACAAGAGGAUGCACAUGUGUUGAGUGUUCUUGUCCAUUGAAGUGGCUGGCCUGACCCUUGGGUGUGGUGUGGGGCUUGAACCCAGGCUCUGUGAGCAGAGCCUCUGCCUGGUGUCCUGUUUCCCACAUCUCCUGUCCUCCCCUCUUCACUAUGCUGCCUUCUGUCCUGUCUGUCCACUGCCUGCCGGGCCUAAUCAGUUCACAGGAUGUGACCUGAGGGCUCUUAAUACAUUGUGGUGAGGGAAAAGUCUAGAGGGAAGCAGAAAGUGGGGUGUAGAGAGAGGCUAUAGCUCACCACGUGCAGGCACAGUCCUCUGUGCCACACAAAUCAGGCUCCUGUUCCCUAGCACUGACAUGGCUGUGUGGGGUGCAGCAGUCCCCUAGCUGCAGAGGACAGGCGGAGCCUUACCUGCCUCCUAGGGCAGCUGGAACUUGGCUCCAGUUUUACAUCCUCCUGUUGUAUGUUUGUGAGAGCAUAUGACCAGAUAGUGUCCUAGGGAUCAUGGAAGGCCUGUCUUAGCAUGUGUUCGUGCUGGUGUGGGCACAUUGCUGGCUGCAAGCAAAUCUACAGGGUAUCGGGACAGAGGCAGAGUGUGGUGGCAGCUGCUUAGAGUGUGUGGACUGACUGGGUACUCUUGUAAGAAAAGAUUCCCAGCCAUCCAUACAGGGGUUGCUAGCUCCACAACUCCAGGGCAUAGGAACCUUUGUGGUUUUGUGUGUCUGUCUUGUGUUUUUGAUGUUGAAGUGGAUAAUGAGAUGUAAAGAAACAAUUGGAAUGACUUACUAAUGCACCAGAAUCGUAUGCCAGUGUGUCCUGCUGAGGGACUUCGUUUCCAGACUCAGAAAUGUUCUGGAGUCUGGGCCAGUUAAUUAGGUAACAGUUGUUGGGGCUGUCGAUGAAGCACCGGAGGGAGUGUGGUUCAGAGAGAGGAAGGAGCAAGGAGAAGCGUGCAACCACAGUGUGUUCCAGGCUCAGAGUAGGCGUCUGACACGUUGUGGUGGAUUCUUUUCCCCUGUUUUGUCCCUGUCUUCUUAAAGCCGUGAUACCAGAGGGGGACAGUGAACUGCUCCCAGAUCCACUCUUAUAGAGUGGCCAUAGUGUUCUGUCAAAACACCUGCUUCCGUUUUCAAAGAUAAAAGACAUUGAUUACAA